AUGAUGGUUCGUGAAAAUCAUGAAAAAGUAUUCGUGUUUGAAGAUGAUGCGAUUCCACAUCGUAAUUUCAAAGCACUGCUCAGGGAAUUGCCUCAUCGUUGUGUUGAAGCCGAUGUUCUAUUAUUAGGAGCCACUAUAUGGCAUACAAAGCAUACAGAUUGGCCCAGUGGAGCGUGCUUCGAUGCUAGCCGUGCAACAUUUGGUGCAUUUGCUCUCUUGCUUAAAAGAGUAUCCUACCGUCCUAUUCUUCAAUGGUUACAAGCUAAUACGUCGGAACCGUAUGAUCAUGUUUAUCGUCACUUACAACAAAAGAAACUCUCUGUUCGAGUAGCAUUUCCUCCUUUUCUAGUUAUUCCAGAUAUUUCGCAUCCAUCUUUAAUCAAUAAUAAUCGAACUGCUAUCCAAUUCGAUGUUAUCAAACGAGCUGAAGUGCAUCUUUGGCACUUGAAAGAUUAUCCAAUGGUUCAAAUACCGACUCAGAUUAUGAAGACCAAUGUAUCGAAGAGGCCAGACUUUCCAGGAAGAUAG